UACCGAUAAAUAAACCCCCUAUACGAGGAGUUAUGCCUUGCAGCUCCAUACUCUCUCUGCCAGUCCAUCUUUUGCUUCUCUCUUACCACCUCUCUCUCUCUCUCUCUCUCUCUCUCCAUCCCUCACCCUGAAAUAGAGGAAGCAGUGCCCAGAGAAGUUUUAAUGUGCACCCACCGGCAGUAAACUUCUUUCUCUUUCUUUCUCUUUCACCCACUCUUUCUUUCUCUCAAAGCUGAGUCUUGUUCUUGUUGCGUCUUUUAACUUUCUCUGCUCAGCGACUGGGACGCAUUUGUUUGCUCUGUGUUUCUUUACCAAAGAACCCAAAAGAAAGAACAGAGAGGAGCCCAUUCUGGAGUUCUUUGUAACAUAUAUAUCCUCUGUUUCGUUUGAGCAGCUUUUGCUUCGUAGAUCUAUUUAGCCAACCUCUUUUUCCCCUCCUCCUAUUAUUGGAACGGUGUGUUUGUUUCAUUUUGAGCAGUAGAUAUGAGUAAAGAAGAGUUCUUGAAGAUCCAGACUUGUGUUCUAAAAGUGAACAUACACUGUGAUGGCUGUAAACAGAAAGUGAAGAAAAUCUUGCAGAAGAUUGAUGGGGUUUUCACUACCAAAAUAGAUUCAGAACAGGGAAAGGUAACAGUUUCAGGUAAUGUAGACCCAGCUGUACUUAUAAAGAAGCUGGCAAAAUCCGGCAAACAUGCUGAGCUCUGGGGCGCCCAAAAGCCCAACGGCCAGAACAACUUGCCCAACCAGUUCAAGAACAUGCAAAUCGAUAGUGCCAAAGGUAGCAAUAACAAAGGUCAAAAGGGUGGUAACAACAACAGUAACCAGCCCAAAGGUGGUCAACAAAAUCCUCAUCCUCAGAAUCAGCAGCAGCAACUGAACCAACAAAUGCAGCAACUGCUGAAUCAACAACAAAUGAAAGCAUUACAAGAUCUGAAUAAGCUGGCCCAAUUCAAAGACAUGAAAAUGGGUAACAGUAACCCGAACCCGAACCAGAAAGCAGUGAAAUUUGCUCCAGGUCCACUGGAAGAUGAUGACUAUAGUGAUGAUGAUUUGGAGGAUUACGAUGAUGAGGAUUACGAUGAUGAAGAUGAUUUUGAUGAGAUGGAUGACCCUCAACAUCCACUUAACAAGAUGAAACCCGUUAUGGGUAAUGGUAAUAUGAUGAUGAAUGGUUUGCAUCCUCAGCUCAUGAAUGCCCAAAAGGGUGCUCCAAAUGUCGGUGGAAAUGGUAAGAAGGGCGGCGGCGGCGGACCGGGCAAUGGUAAUGGAGCUGUGCCUGUGCAAGUAAAUAUAAGUGGUGGGAAUGGAAAUGGAGGUAAGAAAGGAGGUGGAGGUAAUAACAAUGCUGGAAAUCAAAAUCAAAAUCAAGGUGGCAAAAAUGGUGGUGGAAAGCCACAAGAUGGAAAAAACGGUAACAGUGGAGGCGGUGGUGGCGGUGGUAAGAACGGCAACAACUGUAAUGGCGGUGGCGGUGGCGGUGGUAAUAACAUGCAAAUGAAUGGCGGUAAAAAGGGAAAUAACGGUGGAGGUGGAGGUGGAGGUGGUGCUGUGAAUGAUGCGUUGCGUAACAUGGGUGGCCCACACGGUCAUAUUGGUCAAAUGGGUGGUAAUAUGAAAAUACCGAUGGGCCAAAUGGGCAAUAUGCCCAUGGGCCAAAUGGGUAACAUUCCUGCCGUUCAAGGCCUGCCGGCUGCUGCCGCCAUGAACAGCGGAGGGGGUGGUGGCGGAAAUGGGUAUUUCCAAGGAGCCGGUCCGGAUCUCAUGCCCGGUAACCCAUACCAGCAACAGCAGCAACAGCAACAGCAACAGCAACAGCAGUACUUGCAAGCAUUAAUGAGCCAACAAAGGGCAAUGGGUAAUGAGAGGUUUCAACCCAUGAUGUAUGCUAGGCCCCCACCAGCAGUGAAUUACAUGCCGCCUCCAUACCCAUAUCCAUACCCUUAUCCGCCACCACACCCGAAUUCUGACCCGUAUACCAACAUCUUCAGUGAUGAGAACACCUCAAGCUGCAAUGUCAUGUGAAGGCUUUUUGGCAUGGAAAAGUUAAUGGUCUCCUCCAUGGGAUGGAUGGUUUGUUUAGCUUGCGGUGGUUCGGUUAUAGUUGAACUAGAAGUUUGAUGCCAUAAUAUACAUGGAAAUGGGUUUUUUUUUUUUUU